AUGUCAAAUUAAUAAGUUACAUUCUUAAUUAUAGGCUGUCUCAAAAAGAAAAAUAGAAAAAAGAAAACGGUCUUUGAUUAUAGGAAUGAAUAGAGAAUUAAGUUACAAGAAUCAAGAACAUAUAUAAAAUGAUCCAAUCUAUUAGAAAUUAAAAACAAGAAGGUCAGAAAGAAACAGAAUCAAGAAAAGAUGAAAGGAAAGAUCUCCAUUGUGUUGGCUAUGAUCCUUUGUGUUAUGAAUGCAAAUAUUGCACAAUGUCAAUACUACUCGCAGACCAAACCUGCUGCCCAAAUGAAAGAUAAAAUGACUCAACUCCAUUUCUUCCUUCAUGAUAUCCCAAGUAGCCAAAACCCAUCAGUUGUUCAGAUAGCUCAAGCCAAUCUGACUAACAAAAGCAACUCAAUUGUCCCAUUUGGCAGCCUUUUUGCUGUUAACGAUGCAAUGAGGUUAGGAAUGGAAGCAACUUCACAGCUUGUAGGACAUGCUAAAGGAAUGUAUGUGGCAGCAAGUCAAGAAGAUGAAAUGGCAUUAGUUGUGUACAUGGAUUUUGGGUUCACAACAGGCAAGUUCAAUGGAAGUUCUUUUGUUGUGUUUUCAAAGAAUCCUGUUUUACAGACGGAACGUGAGCUUGCUGUUGUUGGUGGGACAGGGCAGUUUAGAAUGGCUAGAGGUUUUGCCAAGCUUCAUACUCGUUCGUUUGAUCUUGCUAAUGGUAAUGCCAUUGUUGAGUAUAAUGUCACCUUGUUUCAUUACUAAUUAUAUUAAGGCAGGGCUGUUUUUCCAGUUAUAUCAGCCAAUGUGAACUAUAAGUAUCAUUCAUGUCUUGUAUAAUUUUAUGUAUAUUGCUGGGUUUAAUUAUAACAUCAGCAAAGCAAGAUCUUCUGCAUCCCUGUUGCUUCUUUUUCUUUUUUCUCAAGGAUCCUGUCAGGUUGUUUUAUGAAACUUGUCAUAGUAAAGUAAAAUCUUCUGCAUC